UAAAAUACCCUACUAACUACUAAUAAGUUGGCUUAAAAUACGCACCUCUAUGGCGCAUUCAGAGAACAUGGUAAUUUUAAAUUUGUUGCCAAGUAAACAUUUCUGGAGAGAUACACAUUUCACCCCGAGAACGGAUAUGCGGCAUCAGAAUCGCAGGCAAAAUCAAAAUCAGUAGGUAGGGCGGCUAAUCAGAGCCACAACUUUGCCGUCGUCUGCGGCGGAAGUGUCUUUGUGACAGCAUGUUGCAUUGUCUGAGCGCCUGUCAUUGACUUUUGCGUUUGCUUUUGGCUUUGCUUUCAGUUCAGUUUCAGUUCAAUUUCAGCUCAGUUUCAGUUGCCAGCUCGACGCAGACUUUGGCGGCGAGUUUGCCCUUAGCUUUCUGGAGCUGCAGCUGCAGCUUCCGUCCGCUUUUGUUUUUGCUUGCCACUGAGGCUCCCCCGAACUCCUCCCUGAAAAUGUCAGAUGUCAGCCGUUGUAAACAUGCAACAGUUUGCAAUCGAAGGCUCUCCAUUCGGCUGUCCAUCGGGGGAAUUAUCUGAAAGAUAGAUCCUGCAGCAAAUGGCAAUUAAUCAAGGUCUGUGUCCAAGUGACACUGGACGGGACAAUUGACUCGUUGAUUUAUAUCACAUAUUAAGCUUUUUGAGUCCUUUAGCUGUGUAGCUGUGCGUUCUUAGGAGCGGGACUCUGGUUGCGACUGAGCUACGCGGGAUACGCCACUUUGCUGCCCCAGCACGCCGGUCUGAGUGCGGACACCAUCUUCAUGGGCAUCGGGGGCACCGGGUUUGUGGUCAGCUUCUUUGGCUGCUGCGGCGCCUGGGUGCAGUCCCGCUGUCUCCUGGUAUUGUACUUCAUGCUGAUUGUAAUGCUGUUCAUGAGCGAGUUCCUGGUUGGCUCCAUCGCCUUUCUCUUCCGCGGCGGACUGGGACGGACUUUGGCCAACGAGCUGCGCUUCGGGAUCGAGCGGCACUACAACAGCAGCGAUCGGGGAUCUCUGGUGGCGCCUUCGGUGGCCUCCAUUUGGGACAGCGUGCAGCAGUCGUUCGAGUGCUGCGGCGUCUCCUCCUACGAGGAUUGGUAUGACAUCCAGUCGUGGCCAGGCAGGCGCUGGGUGCCCGAGUCCUGCUGCAGGACCCUCUACGACCAGCGCCAGGUGCUCACCGAAGGAUCCGGCGACGGAAUGAUGCGUCCCGACUGCGGCAGAUCUGAGAACCCGUCGCUGUGGUGGGACAAGGGCUGUGCCCACUCGCUGCAGAGCUGGUUCACUGGCCAGCUGAACGUGGUGGGCGCGGUGGGACUGGGCAUCGCCUUCGUCCAGCUGUUCGGGCUGAUCACCUCGAUGCUGCUCUUCUGCACGGUGAAGCACAAGCGGGCCUCGGACACCUACAAGUCGUACUCCCCGUCGAUCGAUCCUCAGACCCGCACCAGCAGUUGGGAGGAUUGAACGCGCCUGUGACGGUGGUGGGCGGACUUCUAAAUUGGGGGGUUGGGGUCGGCCCCCCGAACUCUCUGUCGCUAUCUCUAUUCCUUUUGUUAACUCUCUUAGUUUCUAAUUUAUUCUGCGAAAUGUGCCAAAAAUUAAUUUAAUUCAAAGUGUAUUUUUUUGUUUUUUUGUUUGUAAUCUGUAGGCGAAGAC